AUGGCUACUGUCACUCGUCAACCAUUUGCUCCCCUUGAUGGGACUCGUCUCCAGACCUUGACCAGUCUCAAGAACAGGCAAAACGCUUUGCCAACGGGCGGGAAACGAAAGGCUGAACUUAUUGAUACUGAUGAUUCUGAAAAUGUCGAUCCUACUUCUUUUGCCAAGCGAUCAAAGGGUUCCAAGGACAAGGGCAUCCUAAAGGACAGCAUCCUCAAGCCUACACCUGUAUCUGCAUUUCCCAUUCCUAAUCGCCUCACGAGCCCUACCAAGACCCGACGCACUCUUCAACCUAAGUCACCCGCCAAACUCAGCUCUGGCAUCUCAAAGUCUUCUCCCAUUUAUGCUCCAGCUGGUCGAUCUCCCACCCGAAGCAAGCGAUCUGGGAUCGCAUCUAGCCGACGACGCACUGCUGGUCCCUACACCCGCGUUGAUCCUCCUUCAUUCAGUCUUGGAUCCGCUGCUCCCUUUUCUCUCGAUGCUGCUCUCAAGGGUACUAUUCCUGGCUAUGGCGCCAAGAAGGAACCCAUCACUGCUCUGCAUGAACCAGACAUGAAGGCCAGCUGGUUCUUUGAGAUUCACGAGGACACACCCGAACAAGAGAUGACCAACCUUCUUCAACACAGCACAUGUGUACUUGACAUUUCAUCCGACGAGGAGAGUCAAAGAAAGCUCAACAGAGACCGUGCUGAAGGUCGCGAUAAGGAAAAUGUUCCUCCUCCUGAUGACAUUUCUCAAACCCGUCGCGCACCAAAAGCCGAUGACAUGAUUGUUGAGAAAGAGCGUGUCGCAUUGGGAGAAAUGAACACUGCCGACUUUUACGCUGAAGGAUGUGAUGAGACAUCAGUCAUUUUUGUACCUGAAGAUGAGCCAGAGGUGAAUGCGCCUGCACCUGCGCCUGCGACAGCCGAAAAGCCUAUCGAACCUUCAACAGAAGACAUCGACAGCUUAAUGGCCAAGCCCACAGAAGGUUCAAGCAAGGCUGCAGUUUUGGAACCAAUCGAAGGAACAGGAGAAAAUUUUGAGUUAUGGGAAAGCGGUAGCGCACAUGACGAAACUGUAUAG